AUGCAUACCAAAGGACGGGAUGACUUUGAUCAGUUCAUCCAAGAAUACUUGCGCCUUCUCCUCCUCUUCGAACAUGAGAACGAUGUCGUCUGCAUAUUCCAGAUCGACAAGGUUUACUUCACAGGUUAUUUGAACACCAGGGUUUUGGAAACCCUCCAGAGUUCGUCUCAUUAUUUCAUCGAUUACGAAGUUAGAAAGGAAUGGGGGGAGUGUGCAUCCCUGACGGACACCGCUUUGCUUGCGGAGAGCUCUCCGUACACUCUCACACGUCCGGAAGGCUGUGAAUACGAAGAACCUAUUAUGUUUACAAACUUCCGGGGCAUUCCCUGGGCGCGCCCAGACAGAAGAAAAAGCACAAGUGCACAGAGUGACGCAUCCCCAAGGUCACCAUGGCUUCGACACGUCCGGAAAACCUCUUUUGCAGCGGGCUAUGCAUCCCAAUCUAAUAAAUGGGAAAUGAUGCGUCGGGCCACAUCACCGGAAUGUUUCUGGAAUGUGAGGAAAUUUGUCCGUAAACUGGCUGGUGCAGAAGCUGCAGAGCAGUUUCUUAAUACACAGAAAAUGGAUAAACGAUUUACCAAAGGCUUGAUCAUUUUACUGUUUUUAAUGUCGCUGGAUUCGGUGAUAUGUAUUCGAGUCCUUGGACAACUCGGAAAUUUCCGUUAUGCCGGAGAGUCCACAGUUUAUCCUGAACUGCCGGUCGAAGCAGCAGACCAGCCGGAACAAUCGCUACCUGUAUUGUGGACAAGCAAAAGAGGUCACAUACGCGUCGGUAGAGGAAUGGCUUUCAAACCUGGAAAAACCGACCUUUGGUAUCGGCACAUUCUUUUCACACGGGAUAAAAGCUCAGGCAUAGUUCUGGUUGAUCUUGGCAUAAACGCUCAAAUACUGAGUGCUGCUAAAGCCCAAUUAGGUGAUGGUCUUGCGUUGGUUAGGAGACGCAUGGACAACGGAGAGCACCUGCUUCAGAUGUGUGGUGAUCACAGAUGGUUUCUUUGCAGUACAAUGUUCCGGAACAGCGGGAAUCGCUUGACAACGUGA